AUGGCGACAUCUCCCGGUGGCCCUCCGCUUUCCCUCAACAACCCCCUGGCCGGUGGAAUGGAAAGAUGGUAUUCGCAAAUCCAGUACGCCGAGUCGCAGUCAUUGGAGCCGGGCCAUCUGUUGCUGACCUACCUGGAUAGAUUUCUCUUAGCGGAGAAAUAUUUCAACCAAAUCGAUGUGUUUGAACAAAGGAGCGCUGUGGGAGGAGUCUGGAACUAUAGUCACAGCUCCUCCAAGGUGGGCGCAUCCACUACUGUUCCUCAUCUUAAUCCGCAUGAACCGGCGGAAAAGCCUACGUGGAUCAACCAAGCAGAUGGAUCAUCCGAAGCCGUCUUCGUGUCCCCUCUUUAUGAUAGACUCGAGACCAAUAUCCCAAAGGAGCUGAUGCGCUACUCGGACAAGGCUUUCCCACCAGACGCCCAGCUCUUUCCCAAGCACCGCACUGUCAAACAGUACUUGGAGGAAUAUGCCGAGGAUACAAGGAGCCACAUCCACUUCGAAACUCAAGUGGUGGAUGUCAAAUUGAGUGAUCCUUCUUUGAGCACAUGGGAUGUGACCACGAUGGAUCUGCAUAAGGGUGUUGGUAACACUCGUACCUAUGAUGCAGUAGUGGUGGCAAGCGGCCAUUUCAUCGUCCCUUAUAUUCCCGCUAUCCCUGGGAUCGCAGCUUGGAAUCAAUCAUACCCUGAGACGAUCUCGCACUCUAAGUUCUACGACUCACCUGAGUCUUUUAAGGGCCAGAAGGUGGUAAUAGUUGGAAACUCGGCCUCGGGCCUCGAUAUCGGCGCUCAAAUCAGUGAGAUGAGCGCAGGGAAGGUUCUUGUAUCGCAGCGUUCCGAGUCAUAUUUGGCCGCAUCAGCGCCAUCUGAUAAGAUUAUCUGCCCGGAGAUCGUUGAGUUUCUCUGCCCAACCAAAUCAAGCCGAGGAAUCCGAUUCGCGGAUGGUCGCGUCGAAGAACAUGUCGACGCAGUUGUUUUUUGCACGGGUUACUUGUACUCGUACCCAUUCCUUUCGUCCCUAACUCCAACAGUUGUCACACACGGGUGGCGAACCAUGAAUGUCUACCAGCAGUUGUUCUACAUCGAACACCCCACGCUUGUGUUUCCUGUCCUUGCCCAACGAGUGAUUCCUUUCCCCAUGGCCGAGAACCAAGCAGCUGUUUUCUCCCGUGUUUGGUCCCAACGGCUUGAGCUCCCCCCAAAAGAAGAAAUGCAGGCAUGGGAGGAUUCUCAAGUUGCAAGCAAGGGGGACGGGAAAGCAUUUCACCUCUUGCCAUUCCCGAUGGAUGCUGAUUAUUUGAAUUUCCUCCACAACUGGGCCAAAGCAGCCAAGCCACGCCCCGGCCUAGCCAACAAUGGGAAUGGCAAGCGCGGAAACUUUUGGGGGGAACGCGAACGAUGGAUGCGUGCCCUCUUCCCGGAUAUAAAAAGAGCGUUUGUUCAGAAGGGUGAUCAACGGGGCGAUAUCAAGACUUUGGAGGACCUUGGCUUUAGGUUUGAUGAAAGGAAACUAUAG